UUUUUGUUUGUUAUGUUCCAUGAAUGACCCUUCACCAGCUCAACAACGAUGCUGGUGAUGAAAAGCAAAACCCAUUGAAUUUCUGAAUACCCUUUGGAAAAAAGUUUCGAUUUUUGUGAUUUAGAACAAGAAUCACGAACUGGGUUUUGAAGAAAAAAUUGAGAGAAAAAUUGAAAAAUGGGUGGUUGUGCUUCUAAACCUAAAGUAAAUGAUGAUGGUGUUAAAAUGAAGAGAAUGAAUUGUCAUAAUCAUAGAAGAAAAAGAAGAAGAAUUCUUAGAAGAAGAGUUUCUUCUCAUAAGAUUGAAUCAAAUCUUGGUCACUCUAAUUCUGCUUUACAAGCUUCUAAUCGUGCUUCAGAUGCUGCUUGGUUUGAUUCUACUUCAGCGUUGGAUUCUGAAUGUGAUGAUGAGUUUUAUAGUGUUUAUGAUGGAGAAAUUUCUGCAACUCAUGCUGAUGAGAACGGAGAGGAAAGAAUACUAACCCUAACCCCUGAUCAUUGUGGGAUUCUGCCAAACAACUGUUUGCCUUGCCUUUCUUCUUCUAAUCCCCCUGUUGUCGAGAAGAAACGGCCAUCGAGUCCUGACACACCGAGUUCAAGAAGAAAGUCGCUUUCUAAACUGUCAUUCAAGUGGAGGGAAGGGCCUUCUGACAUGGCAUUACUUUCCCCCAGGGCAUUCAAACAAAAACUAGUAGCAGGUUCGACCAUUCCAUUUUGUCCGAUAGAGAAACAAACCCCUGGUUCUUGGUCACCACUUGAGCCAAGUUCCUUCAGAGUCAGAGGAAAGAAUUACUUGAGGGAUAAGAAGAAAGAGUUUGCUCCAAGCGGUGCUGCUUUCUAUCCCCUUGGUGCUGACCUCUUUUUGUCUCCACGAAAAGUUGACCAUAUUGCCCGCUAUGUACAAAUUCCUGCAAUAAAUGUACCUGGGGAUGUCCCUUCUAUUCUUGUUGUAAAUAUUCAGAUACCGUUAUAUACUGCCUCAAUCUUCCAAAGUGAAAAUGAUGGCGAAGGAAUGAAUGUGGUUUUGUACUUCAAAUUAUCUGAAAAAUAUUCUAAAGAUCUUUCGGAACAAUUUCGAGAAAAUAUCACUAAAAUGAUAAACGAUGAAGUGGAGAGAGUUAAAGGCUUCCCUAUGGAUUCGAUCGCACCCUUUAGAGAUAGAUUAAAAAUCUUAGGUAGAGUGGUGAAUGUGGACAAUCUUAAUUUAAGCGCAACAGAGAAGAAGUUGAUGAAUGCUUACAAUGAAAAACCUGUUCUCUCACGUCCUCAGCAUGAGUUUUACUUGGGAGAAAACUAUCUUGAGAUAGAUAUAGAUGUGCACAGAUUUAGCUAUAUUGCAAGGAAAGGAUUUGAAGGCUUCAUAGAAAGACUGAAGCUAUGUAACCUUGAUUUUGGUCUGACAAUUCAGGGAAACAAGCCAGAGGACUUGCCAGAGCAUUUAUUAUGUGCAAUUCGGUUGAAUAAAAUUGACCACAGCACUUUCAACCAGAUUGGUCUUUUAAGUUGAAGCUUAAACAUAAAAGAGCCUUAAGCUUAAUGUAAUAUCAUAAUUACAUUAUAAGGAUGUUAAUCAUAGAAUAUUUUGAUAUGAGAUUCUAUGGCUAACUGCCAUGUAUGUAUCUUUGAAUUUUCUCGAUUCAUUGAUGUAAAAGUUGUAGAAUGUAUAUGAGAAUGAUAAAUAAUUAAAUUGAAAAAAUUAUUAAAUUA